AUGUAUUCCCAACCGGGCGCCCCUAUGGCGCCUCCCCAGAAACCGGAGACGUUCAUGCUAUCAACCGAGGCGCAGCAGAGUCUACCACAGGACGCGCAAGUUGCGCUGCAGCAAGUCGAUAAUUUGAAAUAUUUUCUUUUGUCCGCUCCUGUCGACUGGCAACCCGAUCAGCUCAUUCGACGAUUCCUCCUCCCCACGGGCGACUACGUGUCCUGUGUCCUCUGGAAUAACCUCUUUCACAUGUCCGGCACCGACAUCGUCCGAUGUCUCGCCUUUCGAUUCCAGGCUUUUGGCCGCCCCGUGAAGAACUCCAAGAAGUUUGAGGAAGGCAUUUUCUCGGAUCUGCGAAAUCUCAAGGCCGGCACCGAUGCGACCCUGGAAGAGCCCAAGAGCGCGUUUCUGGAUUUCAUGUACAAAAACAACUGCAUCCGGACCCAGAAGAAGCAAAAGGUGUUUUACUGGUAUAGCGUGCCUCACGACCGACUAUUUCUUGAUGCGCUCGAACGCGAUCUGAAGCGCGAGAAGAUGAACCAGGAGGCGACCACCGUUGCCGUUAGCGAACCGGCUUUAUCCUUCGAAUUCGACUCGUCCCAGUCCUUGUACGAGCAAUUGACCAAGGCACAACAGGCCAAUUCGUCCUCGUUUGCUGCCCACGCAAGUACGACAUAUGGCCAGCCCACCUCCCCCGUUCGGACCGUUGACGCAAUGCCCCCUCCCCAGAUGGCUCCGCCGACGAUGCCUCUCCUGCAGGACGAUUCUGGCAGCCAGGCCAUGUACAACAACACGCCGAUGCCCCUUUCGAACAAUCUGGUCCAGGGAAUUAUUAAGCGCGAACAGGAAUAUGGCACCACCAUUCAGUACGACCGCAAUGGCAUGCCCAUUGCCCGCAUUCACCAGCGUCAUUCUUCCAUGCCGACUUUCUACGAGUACUCCCCGGCCCCGUCCUUUGUUUCAUCCCAGUAUGAGGAUUACAGCAACCGCGGAUUGUCCUUUGAACCCGUUACUCCUCCGCAGCACUCUGUCGGACUGGGAUCUGAGCCAGCAUACAUUGCCAACGAAGAUACGGGUCUUUACACGGCAGUCCCUGACAUGUCACAUGGAUCUGGAUAUCACGGAAUGAUGCAGCUUCCGCCGUCUAAUCUGUCCGGUGGCCAAUAUUCUGCGCCUCGAUCCUUCUCGUCUAAUGUAUAUUCUGCCGUUGAGGGAUCCCCGACCUACAAGCAGCGAAGACGACGAUCAUCUAUCCCUACCUCUGUGGCUCAUGCUGCUGCAGUGUCCCAGGCUCCGUCCGCAACGCCGCCUUCACAGCCGAUUACCUAUGCUGCGCACAAGCCCAGUGAUCUCCGCCGAUCUGUCUCAAACUCGGUGGGUCCUUCUGGCGAAGACGAGGCCAACCAAGAUCUUGCGCGCACGUAUCCGAGCGCCAUGCUUCCGCAAAAGGACUUGCUCCAGGAAAUGUCGCGUCAUGGAACCCCAUUGCAAAAUCUCGAGGACAACAGCGCCGAGCAGUCCGGCGUGCCCCUGUCGAACCCGCCCGAUGACUUGACCGCACUUCCAACGAACGCAGCCUUACAGAACAUUGUCCAAAAUAGCACGACCAGCCGCACGGAUCGCUCGGGCCCCGGACCAACUCGUCGCGCAAGGAGUGCUACCAUGACGGAGUUGGGGCCGUAUCCGCAGAAAUCGCACUCGUGCCCCAUUCCGUCAUGUGGGCGUCUCUUCAAGCGGUUAGAACAUCUCAAAAGGCAUGUGCGAACUCACACCCAAGAACGACCGUACCCUUGCCCUUACUGCAGCAAGGCCUUCUCACGCUCUGAUAAUCUUGCACAACAUCGACGCAUCCACGAGGCUCAACAUGAUGGCCAGCCGCCGUUUACCCACGAGGACGAUCUGGAGAACGACGCUCAUGACUUCGGCUCCCCAGAAGACGAUAUGUCGCCGCCGGCGCAUGCGCAGGAUAUGAUCCAUGUGCCACAUAUGGCACCAAUCCCCGGGUCUAUGAGCAUGCCAUCGGCCAUGCAGACCGUCGUUGCCCCGCACAUGAUAGCGCCUCAACUGCUCCAGCAGCAGCUGUGA